AUGGCGAAUGUUGAUGCGAUUCCUGGUUAUUUAUCGGGAACUUUUCCUUCGCUUCCAAUUGAAAUCAAGGAUUAUGUUUAUGAAAUCUUGAAACAAAAUUCGGAUGAGAUAACAAGUUUGGAAGAGGUUUUAGACGCUGUUGGAGAGCAUCUUCAAGCUUCUGUCGAGAAUUUAUGCGACUUGGGAACAAAAAACGCCUGUCAACAGCUCCUCAAACUUCUUCAUGGUGAUAACUUGCCAAAAGUUGUUAAACAACAUGAAGCCACGACUAAACGACUUGAACAAACUGUUGAUAUGGCAGCUGAGAAUCAAAACUUCGACGCGCUCUCAAGUAUUUGGAAGGUUCAAAGUCGUGACACUCCAACAACGGUGGAUAAGAAGAAAUUAGCAAAAGCUGAGGAUAAAGCGGCAGCGAAGGCGGAGACAAGAGCUGCUGCGGAAGGCGCGAGUGCAGAUCAGAAUCGCAAGCGGAAGGCGAAGAAUGAGCCGAGCGCUACAGCUUCGCAAGCACCGAUUAAGGAAAGUGGAGCGAGAAAUGCGAAUGCAAAGGAUAUCAAGUUGGAAAGUGUUGAUAUUUCAAUUGGAACUAAGUGAGAGACUGGGGAAAAUUAGGUGUUUUUCCUCAGGAAAAUGCAGGGUUUUCACUUCAAAAUCAAAAAUCAUAAUUUUGCAGACAACUUCUCUCCUGCGCUGACAUCACUAUGGCUUAUGGUCGCCGAUAUGGAUUGGUCGGAAGAAACGGUAUCGGAAAAACCACCCUCUUGAAAAUGAUUUCGAGUAAACAAUUGAAAAUUCCAUCCGGAAUUAGUAUGUUGUCUGUUGAACAAGAAGUUGAGGGAGAUGAUACCAAGGUUUUGGAUGCGGUUUUGGCUUCGGAUACGAAGAGACAGACGUUUUUGGAUCGCGAGAAGACUUUGCAAAGUCGAUUGAAUAAGUGCGUGGAUUUCGGGAGGAAAAAUCGUUGAUUCCAUGCUUUCUUUUCGUUGACGUGGAAUUUCGAAAUUGAAGAUUUAUUUUGAAUAUUUCACGGUGUUCUAACCAAAGUUAUGUUUUCUAGUAGAUUUUCCCCCGCUCAUCACAAUCCCAUCCUCAAAAAUUGCAAAACUCAACUCCUUUGAGUUAUGACGUGGCAAAGUGAAAAUUUCCGGAUUUUACUAGGCUAUAACUGAUUUCAAAGAUGCUUUUCAUGCGAAUCUGAUAGCACAGCGUUGUUCAGGAGGCUAGAUGACACAACUUCACCAGAUUUUUCGAAUUUUUAACAAUUUUCGUACAGUGGAAAAGGUUAGGUUUGAAAAAUAUCCAAUUUUUGAAUGAACUUUAAAAAUCUGAAACUUUUCAAAUCAUUUUUGAAGCCAGUUAUAGUCUUGUAAAACCGGGAAAUUGUCAUUUUGCCACGUCAUAACUCAUAUUACAAGUUAAGUUUUGCAAUUUUUGAGGAUGGGAUUCUGAUAAGCAGGGAGAAAUCUACUUUGGUUAGAACACCAUAAAUUAUUCGAAAUGGAUUUUCAAUUUCUAAAAUUCCACGUCAUCGAAUAAUUCAGAGUUCACGUUUUUUUUUGGAAAUUCAUGAAAAUGCGAAUUUUUUACCUAAAUUUAUUCUAAAUUCAUUUUCAGAUAAGUUCAGUUCUUGAAGACUCUAGGAUGAAUUUAGGUCAAAAAUUAGAUUUAAGGAGUGGUUUUUAUCAAAAAUUCUAGGCGAAAAAUUUGAAUUUUUCUUGAAAACGUGGAGAGUUCAAUGGAGCGCGUUUGCAUUUUUAGCUCAAAAUUCUUCGAAUUUUGCAGAGAAAACCUGUCGGAUGCUGAAAAGAAUAAAUGGAACGACGAGUUAUCGAAAUUAUACACCGAAAUGGAAGCACUUCAACUCGACAAAGGACCAGCAAUUGCAUCUUCACUUCUCUAUGGUCUCGGAUUCACACCAGAUGAACAAAAACGACCAACCAAAGAGUUUUCGGGUGGUUGGAGAAUGCGUGUUGCUUUGGCCCGGGCCUUGUUUGUCAAGCCCGAUUUGUUGUUGUUGGACGAACCGACUAACAUGUUGGAUAUGAGAGCGGUUUAUUGGUUGGAAGGACAUUUACAAGGAUGGGAAGGUGAGGAAUUGGAAAAUUCAUGAUUUCCGGGUCAUUUUGAUACCAAAUAUUGCCACGUCAUAGUGAAGUUUUGGCUGAAAUGCAUCAAAUUUUAGAUUUUGGGAAUUUGCGGGGCCAAAAAUUAAAAAAAAUUCAAUUUUUUUCAUUCGAGUAACAUUUUUUUUUGUUGUUAAAAAGUCACUGUUUCAAUAUUUUGUUGUCAAGUGAAACGAUUCAAAAGUAUGGAAAUUUUAAACCUAAAAAAAAUUAUGAAAAUUUUGAAACAGUAAAUUGAAAAAAUGUUAUUUUUUUGGAUGAAAAAAUUUGCUGUUUCAAAAUUUUCAUGAAUUUUUAAAAAUCUGAUUCAUGAUGUUUCAGUCCUCUUUACUAUUGUAAAAUUUUGAAAUUUAGUUUUUUAAAUUUUUGAAAAUUAAACUAAAUAUCAACGCCAGAUUUUUCGGUGUAGUUGGCUACACCCCAAUAGCAAAUCAAACACCUCAAAAAAUUAUAAAAACUUUGAAACAGUAAAAUAUUUUGGAACGAAAAAUUGACUUGGCCAAACUCAAUUUUUCUUGCAGGAACAAUUCUCACCGUUUCUCACGAUCGUAAAUUCCUCAACGAAAUUUGCACGGACAUUGUUCAUCUACACACCAGAAGAUUAGAUCAUUAUAAAGGAAAUUAUGAUCAAUUCGAGAAAACGAUGAAAGAGAAAUUGACACAACAACAAAGAGAAUAUGAUGCACAACAGGCAUUGCGACAACAUACACAAGAAUUUAUUGAUAAGUUCAGAUAUAAUGCGAAAAGAGCGCCGAUGGUUCAAUCGAGAAUUAAAAUGUUGGAGAAAUUGUGAGCAUUUCAUUUGGGAGGGGUUUUGGAAGGGACAAAAUGAAAAAAAAAACCAUGUUUAAAAUAAUAUUCCUACGAAAAUUUUGCAUAGAUAAAGUUCCGAGUACUGUAUUUUUAAAGGAACAUUGAGAUAAAACUUGACAUGUUCCUUUAAAUUUCGAGCUACAGUUUCACAAAAACUAUGCAUAUUUGAUGCUCCUUCAAACUACAGUACUCCAAAAUUGGGUACUAUGUUCCUUUGAUGUGUAAUACAUAAUUUUUGAAAAUCGUUUAAAAAAUAACUUCGUAAUAAUAUUUUGAAACAGUAAAUUUUUUUAAAUAGUGAAAAUGUUCUUCAACCGCAAGAUUUCAAUUUUAAAAAUUAGGAUUUUAAUUUGCCGGAGAGAGAAACAAAGUAAUCAAAUUUCUCCAAGAUUCCUGAAAAUUCAACAAAUUCUUGAAACGUAGAUUUGUCAGGAUUUUUUCUACCAAGAAUAGGCAGUUUUAGAAACCCUUUGAUUUCAGCUAAAAAUUGAAGCUUCAAAAUCUGAAACUAUUCUCUAGAUUCCAUGGUCAAAAUCUUAACUUAAUCCCAAAUUCCCCUAUUUUCAGACCCGUCCUUCUGCCAGUCGAACUCGAAUCCGACAUCCAUUUCAAAUUCCCUGAAUGUGAAAUUCUCAACAAUCCAGUCUUGCAACUCGAUGAUGCCUCAUUCCAAUACACAAAAGAUUCGCCGUAUUUGUUCAGAAAAUUGAAUUUAGGAACACACGCGAAUUCUCGAAUUUGUAUUGUCGGAGAAAAUGGAGCUGGUAAAACAACCCUCUUGAAAUUGCUGUUAGGAGAUUUGGAGCCCAGUGUUGGAUUGAGAAAUGUGAAUCGGAGAAUUCGAAUUGCCUAUUUCACACAACAUCAUGUUGAUCAACUUGAUAUGGAGACAUCGGCUAUUGAAGUUUUGAUGAAAAAUCAUCCAAGUAUGUGGGGAAAAUUCGGGAAAUUUAGGGUUUUUGGGGGAUUUUGAUACCAAAAAGUGUCAGAAUCCGAAAAUUUUGAAAAAAAUUGAUCCAAAUAAAUUUACUGAUGAAAAGUUUUAAUACAGCAAAAAUAAAAAAUUCACGAAAAAAAUCAUAAAAAUGUUGAAACAGUACAUUUUUUGGUACGAAAAAUAAUCUAUUUUCAAUGUUUUUAUUAAAAAAUAAUUUACUGUUUCAAAAUUUUUAUGAUUUUUCUGGGAUAUUUUCCAAUUUCAUUCCGAAUUUUUCCUACUUUAAAAUAUUGAAAAAAAAUUGAAAUAUCCAAUUCUCCGUGAAUACAUACGAAAAAAUCGAAUCGAAAAUCUAUAAAAAUUAUUUUAGUCAAUUUUUGAAACAGUAAACAAUUUCGAAAUAAAUCCACGUGGCACUUUUCCUUAUCUAUUCCCUUCUAGACAAAUCGCAAGAAGACUACCGUGCUGCUUUGGGUCGUUUCGGUCUUGCUGGUGACAUGGCACUUCAAAGUGUCGAAACUCUUUCCGGAGGACAAAAAUCGCGUCUCGCAUUCGCCAAUUUGGCAAUGAUGAAUCCGAAUUAUUUGAUUCUUGACGAACCGACAAAUCACUUGGAUGUUGAAACUGUUGAAGCACUUGGAAAAGCAUUGAACACAUUUAAUGUGAGUUGAGAUUGAAAUUUUGAACGCAAGAUAUUUUUGAACGAAAUUGUUCCUUGAAAAAAUAGAGAAAUCCUAACUUUUUUAAAGUUUAGGGUUAUCUGAAACUUGAUUAGAUUCAGAAACUUCUGAAAUUUCAGCCAAUAAUAAAAAUAAAUAUUUUCAGGGAGGUGUGGUGCUCGUUUCUCACGACGAACAACUCAUCGAAUUGGUCUGCAAAGAACUUUGGGUUGUGAAAGAUCGAAUGGUGACAACUCUAGAAGGUGGAUUAGAAGAAUAUCGAAAACAAGUCUACAAACAAUUGCAAUUAUCUAAUUAA